UUUGGAACGAUCCUACCUAAAGAGGUUUCCUUCUUCAACUUGAAUAAUAAUGUAGAUGUGCCCUUUCUUACGGAUAUAUGCAAGUUUGCUGGCUCCAUUGAAGAUGUCAAAAUAUAUCUCCACCCAACCACUAAGAAGCAUCUUGGCAUUGGAUCUGUAUUAUAUACAUCAACAAAAGCUGCAAAGGUAUGUGUGGACAAGUUGAACAACUCAACUUCAAUGGGCAACAUAAUGAAUGUCAUCAUCGACAUCAGAGGUUUGCUUUUUGCCUAUUCGUAUCUCACUUUUUUGAUUCCCAUGGAAUUAAAAAGAUUUAGAUUAUAUUAA